UCAGUGUUCAUUUGCCAACCGUUGGCAUCGGUUCUGGUUCUCGGUGGCGCUCUAACUUGUACUACACACUAAACAUACAUAUUGUAUAUGAAACUUUAUUCUACAAAUACUUGCGGCUAUCUAUUCUAUAUUAUUACCGCUACGAUCUACAAUAUACCGAAGCUAUCAGGUUUAAAGUUGUUUAACUUUGCGAAACUUGCAUUGCAUUUCCAGCGGAAAAAAACAUUGCGUUUUGGUGACUCUAAUAAAAAGCGAUAUAACAACAAAAACGUGAUACACACUAUAUAAACUGUGUACAUAUCGCAGAAACACGUGGGUUCUCGACGAGCGAGACUACACAACGCACGAUCACAUUUUGCCAGGCAGCGCCGCAAGCUCACACGCACGCAAUCUACAGUGCAUAUAUGUAUGUACAAUUACAAUACAUAUAGACAGACUAACGCGACUGCGGUUACCAAAUAUUUAUGGACAUACAAAUGUUGCGCGGCGUGCUUAGUGCGUACUAGUAGUACCAGAGUUUUAGUUAGUGCGAAGUGACAUUAUUGAUUUAUUUAAAAAGUCAAGCGGAAAGGCGCAAAUUUCACGACAUUUCACUUUCGCAUUGUGUCCCGCGUUUGGCGUUUUGUGAAAAUCAAUUUCAAUUAACGUACGCGUAGCGGAAGUGUCAAAUAUUUUGGCUUGCUUGUGUUAAAUCAACGUCUUUUAGCGAAAAGUUAAGGUUUUUCUGUACCAACGCGCAGGAAGAUGUCUUCGAAAGCGGCGCUCGUUGGCGGCAAGCAGCUGCUGGUGGUGGGCAGCGGUGGGCGCGAGCACGCGAUUUGCUGGAAGUUGUCGCAGAGCGAGCAGGUGGUCAAAAUCUACGCAUUGCCCGGCAGCCAUGGCAUUGCUCAAGUGCCCAAGUGCUCCAAUCUGCGUGAUGUAAACGCAAAAGAUUUCCAGGGCAUCGCCAGCUGGUGCAAGAAGCAAUCAAUAGAUUUGGUCAUUGUUGGUCCUGAAGACCCCUUAGCCAAUGGGUUGGGUGAUGCUCUCAAUAAGGCUGGUGUACGUUGUUUUGGUCCCAAUAAGAAGGGCGCUCAAAUUGAGUCGGACAAAAAGUGGGCCAAGGACUUUAUGCUGCGGCAUAGUAUACCGACUGCGCGAUAUGCGUCAUUUACCGAUGUGAAUCAGGCCAAGGAGUUUAUAAAUAGCGCCCCCUACAAAGCACUCGUCGUCAAAGCUGCCGGUUUGGCCGCCGGCAAAGGUGUCGUGGUUGCAGCAGAUACCGUCGAGGCCUGUCAAGCUGUCGAUGAGAUACUUGGACAACGCAAAUACGGUAAUGCGGGCGACACCGUAGUCAUAGAAGAAUUACUCGUCGGCGAGGAAGUAUCCGUGCUCGCAUUUGUUGAUACACAACAUGCUCAGGCUAUGUUGCCCGCGCAGGAUCACAAGCGGCUGCGCGAAGGUGAUGAGGGACCCAAUACCGGUGGCAUGGGCGCAUACUGCCCAUGUCCGUUAAUACCGCCCGCCGAUUUGGAACGCAUUAAUAGAGCUAUACUGCAGAAAGCCGUAGACGCUUUACGCCAAGAGGGUAUACACUAUUGUGGUGUACUUUAUGCGGGUCUAAUGCUGACCGUUGAUGGUCCUAAGGUGUUGGAGUUCAAUUGCCGCUUUGGUGAUCCGGAGACGCAAGUCAUAUUGCCAUUACUCGAGACUGAUUUGUAUGCCGUAAUGAGCGCUUGCUGUGAGAAUCGUCUCAAGGAAAUACAACUGCAGUGGCGUGAGGAUGUCAGUGCCGUUGGUGUGGUCAUGGCCAGUGCUGGCUAUCCAGAGACCUCAACAAAGGGCUGCAUAAUCGAGGGUAUGCCACCAAAUACCGCUGAUGAGUUGAUCUUUCAUAGCGGCGUAGCGGUCAACAAGGCUGGCCAGUAUCUAACCAAUGGUGGCCGUGUGCUGAUAGCUGUAGCGCUGCGUGAAGAUUUGCGCCAAGCGGCGGCUGACGCUACCAAGAUAUGUCAGGGAAUCACAUUUUCGGGCGCUGGCGCACAAUUUCGUACCGAUAUUGCGGAGAAAGCCUUCAAAAUGCUAAAGACGUUCGUUCCGACAUUCAAAGCGCUCUCCUACAAGGAUAGCGGUGUUGACAUAGAUGCGGGUGAUGAUCUGGUGCAACGCAUAAAACCGUUGUCUCGUGGUACGCAAAGACCCGGUGUUGUGGGCGGUUUGGGUGGAUUCGGUGGCUUAUUCCGCUUGAAUGAGGUGAGCAAAACAUUUUCGAGCCGUUUUGAAAAGUACGAUAAAUCUUCAAUAUAUUUCCUCACACAGCUAAAUUACAAAAAUCCUGUGAUCUGCGAAGCCAUUAAUGGUGUGGGCACCAAGAUAAAACUCGCACUCGAACAUGAGAUGUACGAAAGUAUCGGUUACGACCUGCUCGCUAUGUGCGUCAAUGAUGUCCUCGAGUCUGGCGCUGAACCAGUUGCCUUCUUGGACUACAUAGCUUGUGGCAAGCUACAAGUGCCGAUUGCUGCACAAAUUGUAAAGGGUAUUUCCGACGGCUGUCGUGAGGCGGGUUGUGCGCUCUUGGGUGGUGAGACCGCUGAAAUGCCCACGGUCUACGAGGUCGGUAAAUAUGAUAUCGCCGGCUAUAGCGUGGGUAUACUUGAGGCUGGCAAGGAAUUGCCGAAAUUCCAGCAAUACGAGGAGGGAGACUUACUGAUAUCGUUACCAGCGAACGGGUUGCAUUGUGCGGGUUUCCAUGCGCUAUUAAAACAACUUGAGAUGGCCGAUAUUGAUUUGACCGUUAAGUGCGAAUUUGGUGAUGAGACUAAAACGUUAGGUCAACAGCUCUGCGAACCCUCUCGAAUCUAUGUGAAAGAAGUGCUCGCGCUCUUACGUGAAUGCGAUGUCAAGGCUAUUUCGCAUAUAACCACCGGUUUGCUGCCAGAUGUGCAACGCAUUAUACCGCCAGACCAUGAGAUAUCUCUCGAUUUUGGUGAUCUCAAAAUUCCAGCAAUUUAUGGCUGGUUGGUGGGCCGGUUACGCUUGACUCCACAAACACUUUUGGACAAUCUGAACUGUGGUAUUGGGCUUGUUAUGAUUGUGCCAAAGCGAUGCACUGUUUGGAAGCGACUGCUUGGCACCGGCGCUAAGGUGUUCGGUGUGUUGAAACGUAGAAUGCACUCUUGCCACCAACAACAUCAAAUUGAGGUGCGCAACUUUGUUGAGGGUUUGGAAAAAUCCAUCGAACGUUUUGGCGGUCUAUCCGAGAGGAAUAUGCGUACCUUGGAUGAGCCACAUGAACGUGACUUAGCCUUGGAGCUAUGCGAUGGCGCUUUAACACAACAACGCAAUGAAACUUUAACCACAAAACUGGGCAGACGUUUGAUGGGCGUACCAAAGACAUACAAGGACCCGGUAUUGGUACUGGGCACUGAUGGUGUGGGCACUAAAAUAAAGAUCGCACAACAAACCGAGCGCAAUGGUACGGUUGGCAUUGACCUGGUGGCGAUGUGCGUGAAUGACAUACUGUGUAACGGCGCUGAACCGCUGACCUUCUCGAGCUAUUAUGCGUGCGGUGAUUUGGUGGAAGAAACGGCAACUACGAUAACUGGUGGCGUGAUUGAAGGCGCAGCGCAAGCUGGCAGCAGUUUAGUGGAGACGCACAUUGCUGAGGUACCACUACUUUAUGCAUCCGAUGUGUACGAUCUUGCCGGUUUUUCACUUGGCAUUGCUGAAUACAGUCGCCUGCUGCCGCGCACUGAUGAAAUACGUGCGGGCGAUGUGCUGAUCGGCCUGCCGUCCUCCGGUGUGCAUAGCAACGGCUUCAGUCUUGUACAUGCCAUUAUGAAACAAGCCGGCGUUACAUUCGAAGACAAAGCGCCUUUCAGUCAUAAAACAUUCGGUGAGGAAUUCCUUACACCCACACGCAUUUACGUUAAGGCACUGCUACCACUCGUGCAACAGGGUCAUAUCAAAGCCUUGGCGCAUAUUACCGGCGGUGGGCUAACGGAGAAUAUACCACGUGUACUACCCAAAACCUUAGCUGUGCAAUUGGAUGCGAAACAAUGGAAUAUACCACCCGUCUUUGGUUGGCUUGCCGCGACGGGUAAUGUAGCGCCACAAGAAAUGCAACGCACCUACAACUGUGGACUCGGCGUAAUUUUAGUGGUCUCACCGAAAUAUGAACAGUCUGUGUUGGCUGAAUUACAGUAUCGUGAGCGCGCGACACGUGUCGGCGUGGUGGUGAAGCGCUCCAAGUCUGAAGCGCCACAGGUUGUGACCGAAAACUUCCAAAGUUGCUUGCAGCGCGCACAGAAAUUACAAAAUAAGCCACGUAAGCGUGUUGCGGUGUUGAUCUCCGGUACAGGCAGUAAUUUGCAAGCGCUCAUCGAUGCUUGUCGCGAUACCUCACAAGGUGUACACGCCGACAUCGUUUUGGUAAUAUCGAAUAAAGCGGGUGUGUUAGGUCUUGAGCGCGCGGAAAAAGCUGGCAUACCCUCCGUGGUGAUCUCACAUCAAGAAUAUGCGAAACGCGAGGACUUCGACGCGGAGAUGACUAAAAAGUUGUUGGAGCACAAUGUGGAUUUGGUAUGUUUGGCUGGAUUUAUGCGCGUAUUGAGUGAGCAGUUUGUACGCCAGUGGAAGGGACGUUUGGUGAAUAUACAUCCGUCAUUGUUGCCUAAACACCCCGGCUUGAAGGUACAACAGAAGGCGCUUGAUGCUGGCGAUAAGGAGUCUGGCUGUACAGUGCACUUUGUGGAUGAGGGUGUGGAUACCGGUGGCAUUAUUAUUCAAGCUAGCGUGCCCAUACUGCCGAAUGAUACUGAAGAAAGUUUAACAAAACGUAUACAUAUGGCGGAGCACUUUGCUUUCCCAAAAGCGCUGCGCCUGUUGGCCACUGAAUCCGUCAAACUGAGUGAAGAUGGCAAAGUGAUUUUUUCCUGAUUUUUAGUUUUAAUUUUCAGUAACAAUUUUUUGGGGGGUAAUAGAAAUAGUUCUUAUAGCCAUAUUCUACUUCAAAAACCAGUUUUGCCAACCGUUUAAGUGCGCCAUGGAGUCUGUAACACUGCUCUUAAAACAAUGAAAUUCGUGAAAACUUUAUAUGCAUAUGUAUACUAACGCAAUGAAAAACAAUGAAAGCAUUUAUAAUAAAAAAAAAACUAGUUUGUAUAAUAAAGUUUAUGAAACUUGUAAAAAUAGGUUAAAAUAAAAAUUUAAUUAAGAAAA